GCGCCCAUGGACGCUAACCGCCCGGGCGCGUUCGUGCUGAGCAGCGCGCCCCUGGCCGCGCUGCACAACAUGGCCGAGAUGAAGACGUCGCUGUUCCCGUACGCGUUGCAGGGCCCGGCCGGCUUCAAGGCGCCCGCGCUGGGCGGCCUGGGCGCGCAGCUGCCGCUCGGCACCCCUCAUGGCAUCAGCGACAUCCUGGGGCGGCCGGUGGGCGCGGCGGGCGGCGGCCUCCUGGGCGGCCUGCCCCGUCUUAACGGGCUCGCCUCGUCGGCCGGCGUCUACUUCGGGCCCGCGGCCGUGGCGCGCGGCUAUCCCAAGCCGCUGGCCGAGCUGCCCGGGCGCCCGCCCAUCUUCUGGCCCGGCGUGGUGCAGGGCUCGCCCUGGAGGGACCCGCGCCUGGCCGGCCCGGCCCAGGCCGGCGGGGUCCUGGACAAGGACGGCAAGAAGAAGCACUCACGGCCGACCUUCUCGGGCCAGCAGAUUUUCGCGCUGGAGAAGACCUUCGAACAGACCAAGUACCUGGCCGGCCCUGAGCGUGCGCGCCUCGCCUACUCCCUGGGCAUGACCGAGAGCCAGGUCAAGGUGUGGUUCCAGAACCGCCGGACCAAGUGGCGCAAGCGGCACGCGGCUGAGAUGGCGUCGGCCAAGAAGAAGCAGGACUCGGACGCCGAGAAGCUGAAGGUGGGCGGCUCGGACGCGGAGGACGACGACGAGUACAACCGGCCUCUGGACCCCAACUCGGACGAUGAGAAGAUCACGCGGCUGCUCAAGAAGCACAAACCCGCGAACUUGGCGCUGGUCAGCCCGUGCGGCGGCGGCGCGGGGGACGCCUUGUGAGCACGGGCG